AUGAUUUCGCUGUCGAAGAAAUUAAUUCCAGUUGUUCCCGCGGCAGCAACUGGAAAAUUGAAGCGGGGAAAAAUUGAAGAAAUUACUAACCGCGGCAGCAACCGGAUUUGGGGGAGACGGGAUCGUCCUCAUCGUCGUCUUCGGUUGCUGGGGAGUGGGGAGGACGAGUCGCCGGCUGUUUGGUUGCUGCCUUGCUGGGGAGGACGCUGUCGCCGGGAGUUCGAGAGGCAGAGCGGCGCGGCGCGGGGCGGGGAGACGACAGGGAGAGCGGCGGUGCGGCGCGGGGAGACGACAUGCAGAGCGGCUGGCGGCCCGACGCCGGGUGAUGACAGGCAGACUGGCAGAGCGGCGUGGGCAGAGGAGGGAGACGAGAGGUAG